AUGUCUUGUAAUCAAGAUAUUGAAUGGGAGUAUAUACCCGUAGAAACAGCUGAUGAAAUUAUGUUGUGUGGAGAUGUGGUUGAGAGUAAACGUCUAAACAAUUGGAAUAGAUGGCUUAAAAUAAGAAAACAACAGCAUAAACACCUUGGUUUAACGGUAUGUCGUAGACCUACGUCAUUGUUAAUGAAUGAAUCUGAUAAAUUCAGAUCAAAAGUUGAAUGUAAAUGGAUGGUUGAUGUAGCACACAAGUUAAAAGUCAAUAAUGAAUAUCAUACAGAUUUUCCUUAUUCUGUCGAUAGAGAAAUAAAAAAAUUUACUAGUGUAUAUACACCAGAUGUAAUACGUACUGAAAAAGGAUUAUUGGGCAUUAGGAAAGAUGCUCGCUUUGAUUUGCAAACACCUAAUAAUGUGUUGAUUUAUAAUGAAUUAUAUACUUUAAAAAGUUUAAUACCUUUUAAAAAUCCUAAAAAAUUAGCUAUUAUUGGGGAAAGUAUUCUUAAAAAAGCUAUGAAACACAAACUUGAAUAUAAAGGUACUAUUCCGUCAAUUUAUGUUGAGUCUGCUCAUAAGAAAAAUAACCAUUGUAAUAUUGCACUAAUUGUCGUUAGAGUAAAUGAUUAUAUAAUAAAAUCAAUUGAUGACAGCACUAAAUGCAUGAUGUUUAAGUUAAAAACAAAAUCAAAACCAAUUAAUAUUGUAAAAAUAAAUGAAGAUUCUUGGGAUGAGAUAAUUAUAGAAAACUGUGGUCAAAUAAGUAUUUACUAUAAAUGGAUAAAAGAAGAAUGUACUACUACAAAAUAUGAUUGUAUUUUAAAAGAAAAAUCAAAAGAAUGUUUUUUUUUUGACACUAGGACCAAUAUUUUGGGUCCUGGUCAAAUCCAACGUUUAACAGUUUUAUUCAGACCUACACAAACUGGGCCUCACAGAGAAAUGUGGUUUAUCCAAUUAAAUAUUCUGGGAAGAUUAGAUCAUAUAGCUAGAAUCAAUGUACCUCUACAAGGCUGUGCUAUUAACAAUGUAGACAACAUGUCAUCUAUAAUAAAACUGCAAAAUACUAUAUUAUCUGAAAGAGUAAAUGGAUUAUAUGGUAAACCAAUCAACAAAGAUCGUGAAAAUGUAUUUUUGGAAAACAAUUCUUCUUUCAUUAAAAAAUAUCAUUACCAUGAUGAAAAGAUGAAAUAUCUUUACCAUAUAUUACAAACAGAGGACACUAAGGAUAUUGAAGAACUUCUAUACCAGUGUAUGCAACUAAAACAAUCGCUCAAAGAAAAAUGCUUGGAUUUAAUUAGUCAAACAGCUGUAACAUUGUUAAAAAAGGAAAUUUUUUUUGAACAUAGUCAAAUGACUCAACAUGAAUUAAACGCACAUAAAACUAUGUAUAUAACAAUGGAUUGUAUUGAUUUGAUAUUGAGUACUUACGAACCUGAUCAUUAUGAAGUCUGUCAAGAACUGUGUAGCAACUUUGUUGAACAUAAACCGAAAUCAGUGAAAUAUUCAGGUUAUCUUAUUAAAUUUAAAAUAUUCUAA